AUGCGAAAUCCUUUCGAUCUGGACGAGAACAGUGUGGAUGGGGACUCUGAGCCCGCCACCGAUGUUGAAUUCGAGGUCGAAGUCCGACCUCACCAGACCGAUGAUGGCGACCGUGCUCUUUUGCAGGAUGAAGAACACCAUCCCUCCGAUUUGAAAGAGCGCUUCAUCGGCACAAUCGAUCAGGGUACAACGAGUACUCGUUUCAUUAUUUUUGACUGCACCGGUGUCCCAAUCGCAAAGUAUCAGACGGAAUUCCGUCAAAUUCAUGAACAUCCAGGAUGGCAUGAACAGGACCCCUAUGAGUUGGUUGAAUCGGUGUACAUUUGCAUCGAGGAGGCGAUGAAAUCAUUCUUGGCCCUCGGCCACUCUCGCUCCGAUAUUGAAGCGAUCGGCAUCACAAGUCAGCGAGAGACCGCCUUGGUCUGGGACUGGGAGACAGGCGAGCCCCUUCACAAUGCCAUCACCUGGACCGAUACACGCACAGUGAAUCUCGUCCGAGAAUUAAAAGAAAAACCCGGCGCCGAUGAUCUGGUCAACAUCUGCGGUCUGCCCCUCUCCACCUACCCUUCGUCGGUGACGUUACGCUGGAUGCUGGAUAAUCUGCACGACGUUCGCACGGCAUAUGAUGAGGGUCGCGCCGCCUUCGGCACAGUCGACUCGUGGCUCAUCUACAACCUCAACGGCGGGCCCCGUAACAAGCGUCUCGUGACCGACGUGACCAAUGCCUCACGGACCAUGUUCAUGAACCUCGAAACCCUGCAAUACGAUGACCGCCUGCUCAAUUUCUUUGACAUUGAUCGCACAAAACUCCGUCUUCCGGAGAUCCUGCCAUCGGCCGAUCCGGAGGGCUUUGGCGAGAUGUACGAGGGUCCGCUGGAAGGAACCCCGAUCACGAGCUGUCUGGGUGACCAGGCCGCUGCCCUUGUCGGCCACUGUGCUUUCACCCCCGGCUCUGCCAAGAAUACCUAUGGAACAGGAUGCUUCUUGCUCUACAACGUGGGUGACAAGCCAGUCAUCUCCAAACACGGUCUCUUGGGGACGGUGGGGUUCCAAUUAGGACGGGAUCGCAAACCGGUGUAUGCGUUGGAAGGUAGUGUGGCCGUAGCAGGAAGCGGUGUCUCCUUCCUCAUGAACAACAUGGGCUUUUUCCGCGACUCUCGCAAGGUCAGUGAUCUGGCCGCGACCGUGCCAGACAGUGGCGGCUGUGUCUUUGUUACUGCGUUCAGUGGUCUAUUUGCCCCGUACUGGAUUGAUGAUGCUCAAGGAACUAUUUGGGGCAUUACCCACCACACACAACGAGGUCACAUCGCCCGCGCGACCAUGGAGGCUGCUUGUUUCCAAACUAAGGCUAUCCUCGAUGCGAUGGAGAUGGACAGUGGCAAAAAGUUGACCGAGCUGGCUGUCGACGGUGGCAUGAGUAACUCUGAUAUUUGCAUGCAGACUCAAGCCGACAUCAUCCAAAUUCCCGUCGAGCGACCCGCCAUGCAUGAAACCACUGCUCUCGGUGCUGCCAUCGCGGCCGCGUUUGCGAUUGGUGUCUGGAAAGAUUUCUCCGACCUCAAGCACAUGAACCGUGCCAACCGGGCUACCUUUGAGCCACAGAUCACGGUCAAGGAAAGUACUCGCAUGUACAAGCGGUGGUCCAAGGCUGUUGAAAUGUCCCGUGGCUGGAUGAGAGAUAACGCCAGUUUGGAAGACGAGGUCGACUAA